AACACAGUCCCCUCCGCGCGGCGGGACCACAAGGACGCAGGCGACGCGACGCAGCUGCACCAUCGACGGACGGGUCACCGGUCUGCUGCCUCUGCCCUCAAGCGUGUCGUCUGCGGCCGGAGAACCUGCUUUGGCAGCCUGAGUUGCUGACUGGCCGAAACAAACCUGAUUUCUAGGAGUAACUUGGCUUCGACCCUUCUGUGGCCUUCCAAGACGAUUUGAACAAUACAUCGCAGUUACUUCAGAAGGUCGGCCAUGUCUGAUCCGCCACUGUGGUCGACAGCAGCGGCCGCCACGCUGCUGCUGCUCCUUGCGACGUGCCUUCCCGCCUCUGCCGCACCCAUGCACGACGCUCAACAAGUACAGCAUCAACUUGACGAAUAUUAUGGAGGUUCAACAGCAACAGGGUGCUAUUACAACUUUAUACACUAUGAAGAGGGUGACCGUAUAAUGACGAAUGAGCCAUGUCUAAACUGCACGUGCCAUAACCGCAUGCUAAUGUGCUACCUUCGUGUUUGCCCCUUCAGUAAAGGUAUCGGGCAAGACUGCACAGUGGAGCAGAAACCAGACCAGUGCUGUCCAGUGAUUACAUGUCCUGAAGUGCCAGUCCAACUGAUAACAAGUUCAACAACUAUUACUACUCCACCUGCUCCAACCGGGUCAACAGCUGUUGGACAUCCUGAUAAUUAUGGUUGCACAAUUGAUGAGGUGUUCUACUCCGACGGCACCAAGAUACCGGGGGACCCCACAAAGCCAUGUGAACUCUGCUACUGUAUUCGCAACCACACAGCAUGUGUCAUGCAAGAAUGCACACUGCAUGUCGAGGGUUGCAGGCCUGUGUAUGUUGAGGGUGUCUGCUGUCCUGUGAGAUAUGACUGUGAUUACCAGGAGUACACGACAUCUGCACCGCUACUGGAAACAACAUUGCGGCCAACUCCAGGCUUGCUGUUCACAACAACAAUGGCUGGCCCACUUGAUUGUCGCUAUGGAGAAGAGACCUAUGCUGAUGGUGCACUCAUUGAAACAGAAGAACCUUGCCAACACUGUUAUUGCAUGCGUGGAGACAUUGUUUGUGCUGUCCAAGAAUGUGGCACACCACUUGAGAGAGAAGCUGGAAACUGUACUGCUUUGCCUCCACAACCUGGACAGUGCUGCCCCCAACAGUAUCAGUGUGAUAAUGUGACAGUUCCAUUUGACAUUCUGUCACAAGGAAUGGAAACAGCUCAACCAUCAAAGUCAACUGACUCAACAAAAUCUGAUGAACAGGUUUCAUUGUCAACUGAAGCUACUGUGGUUCAGCACUCUACUGUGGAUAAAGAGGAACAUGUCCAGCAGCAAGGAAGUCUUGAUGAGGCACAGGAACAUCUGAAUGAAGUUGAGCAAGGUUUAGAACAACAUACGCACUAUGAGGAUGAAGAGAUUGAAAAGGGAACAGAAAUAGAGCACAUCACAAAUCCUGUAGAACAUGAGGGACAAGGCACAGUUGAGCAUUUCACACAAGCUGUAGAACACUUACCAGCAGAGGGCAGUGGGCAUAUUACAUUAGAGAGUGACAGUUCUGUGACUGAAGCUGUCAUUGCCUCAAGUGAGAAACAAAGAACAACACUGGAAGGUGCAGAAACUGCUACUGAAAGUCUAACUGAACUCAAUGUUGCAAGCAUCUCUGAAGGCAUUCAAACUAUUGAACAGGUACCACAGCAAGAGUUUACUUCUUCUCCAACAGAAAAUGGCAAUGAAGAUGUACAUGAUGAACAGUCUUUAACAGCUGAUGCAGACAACCAUCCAUCAGUUGCCCAAACAACAUUAUCAGGAGAAUCUGCAAGUUCUAGCAGCAUUGGUGAACUUCCAGAAGGUCAAGUGACAACUGAACAAAAUGCACCUGAUAUUGUUACUCUGAAAGAUGAAAUAGGCUUUACUCACAAGAGCACUUCCACAACUCAGACAGUGAGCGAUACAGAUGAGGAAAGUGAACCUGUCACACAUGAAAUCAUAGCAGCAGAAAGUGAUUCCACAGAAAAAGUGGAACAACAAGAUCUCACACCACCUUCCUCGCAGUCCUCUCCAGCCAAUGAAUUCAUUACUUCAGCAGCUGAAAUUCAAUCCUCCACAGAUAAGACUGAAGAAUCUGCUUCUGUUGAAAAUAUUCCUGAUUCUCUUGAACCAUCAGAAGGUGAGGAAGCAAUAUCACAUGUUACAGACACACAAAUACACGAAGAUGAACACACUGUUGCAACUCCAGUAAGAACGUCAAUUGUACCUGAAACAGGUGGAAUCACAAUACCAGUACAGGAUGUCGAAGGUGAAAUUGUAACUGAAGGUCUAGAGCCAACUGAUUUUGAGUCAGGCGAUAGAGUAACUGUCACUGAAAGCACACAAGAGCAUGUCACAAAUGGGCCAGUAGUAGAGAUCUCACCUGAAACAGACAAGAUUGAUGAAGUAUCUCAUGAACAGUCUGUGACAGAGGCCAAUGUAGCUGAAGAAGCAGGCCAUACACCAAAUGAUGUACUGAGUGAAGUACAUGAAGCAGAACAGCAGACAUCUGGUAAACCACCUCAGCUGCCAAUGGAAGAGCAUGCUACAAUUUCUGAAGGAUUAGAACUGUCAACAGGAGUAGAAUCCAUCCAUCAUACAACAAGUAUAUCUGAUUCCGCAGAUUUUGUCUCUGAGUUAGUUACAACUACCAGUCCUAACAAGCAAGAAGAGGGCAGUUUCCAAGCAACGGAAACAGUACUCAAUGAAGAUACUGAUAAUGAUUUGGAUUCAGCAACUAAGGCAGAUGAAACAGAACAUGUGACAGUGUUGCAUGAUAUCAUAUCUUCAUCAAGUGAAAGUGACACAGGCACUGGUCUCAAUGAAGUACUAACCACUGUGCAACCAGCAGUAGAUGUCAUUGGUAUUACCCAAGAAAGCAGCAUUGAUUCACAGCCAGGUCAAGAAGCAGGUAAGCCAACUGAAGCAAGUGUGGCUGCAAUUGGAGAGACAGCAGAUGAAAGUGAAACAUCUGCCGAAGUAACAGACACCAUGGGCACAGUUACAACAAAGCUUGAAACAACAGGGGAGGAUAUCAAAGAGCAACAUGUGACAGCACCCACUGAGCUAAAACCCUCAGCUAGUACAGGAAAAAUUGAUGAAGAGUUAUUAAUUACACAUCCUCCUGAAACAGCAGAACCUAGCAUUUCGAAUGAAGUAUCUUUUGAAUCAUCUGGGGAUUCAACUGAGGAGUCAGUUCAUCAUUUAGUAAGUGAAAUGAAUGGUAAACCUACUGAAAUACAUACAACACCAUCAGAAAGUGCUUUGAACAGCCAGUCAUCUCAUGAGGAGACCAAUGCAAUGUCAGAAGAAUCUCAACAAGAAGGUUUAGGUGCAACUGAACCUGUGCCACCAAAUGAACCAGUAGUAGUGCAACAAUCCACUGAAUCAGGAGAACUGUUUGAACAAGAAGGCUCCCAAAAGCCAGCUUCUGAGGAAGAUGCAGAAGUAGUGACGGGUGGCUCCAUUCCAUCAGAGGAACAUCAAACUGAAUCUACUCCACAGGAGACUAAUGCAGCUCAAGAAACAGGAACAUCUUCUGAAGCCAAUCAAAAACCAGGAAUGCUGGAGGAAGUAGCAACUGAACAAGCUUCUGUGUCUGAAAGCCUCCAUCAAGAGCCUGUGGAGCAACAAGUGAUACAUGAGCCUACUGAAACUGGCAUUGUAGAGCCAAGUACAGGUGGAAUUUCUAUAAUAUCUACACCAGGAUUUGAUGAAAUUGAGAAUGAGCUAUCACAGCAACAAACCCAGAAACCAAUUGAAGCAGAUGGAAAUCAAUAUACCACAGAAGUCUCAGCACCUGGAUUCAGUGACACUGCUUCUGAGCAACAACAACCACAGAAGCCUGCUGAAGAUGGAGGACUGCCAUCUGCAGAAGGUAGUGCAGUGACUCAAGAAACUGUAACCACAGCACAUGAUGUUCCUCAGUACCAUGAAACUCAGGAGUCAACUGACCCAGAGAAGCAACCAAAUGAACUUCCACUGACAACCAGUGGAGUGGGUGGAUUUGUACAGGAACUGUCAACAGCUACAUCUAUCCAAGGCCCAAUAGGAAUCCCCACAAGUGGACCUCCACAUGCACUGAUUCCUGGAGAGGGUAAUUGCCUGGUUGAUGGUAAAACAUAUGCCAAUAACUCAGAAAUCCCACCUCCAAGCCACUGCCAUGUCAGUUGUCAUUGUAUAAGUAGUAUUGUUCACUGUGUCAGUGUGAACUGCCCACCACCUCCAACACAUCUCAAAAACUGUACUCCAGUUCGACACAGUGAUGAUGCAUGCUGUCCAACAUAUACUUGUGAUGUCGAGCAUAAAGUAACACUAGUCGCAGACAGCAUGGUGGCUGCAACAGGAAGACCAAUGGUCAGUAGUGAGACUUCUGCUGCACCUUCUGAAGAACAUCAAGAAGAUACAAAACCACAAAUUACAGAUAGUAGUUCUUCACUGGAUACUGAUCAGGACUCUAAUGUAGUUACUGAGGCACAUCCAGUCUACCAUGGUACAGAAACGGAGGAACAGGAGAACGCAGGAGACACUGUACAUGACACCACUGUCACCGAAAAGCCAGAAACUGUUUCUUCUGCACAGGAAGGACACAUACCAGCGUCCCCCGAACCUACUGAAACCCAGACAAGUCAUGUUCCCAGCUCCGAGAAACCAGCUGAUGAACAUUUAGUGCAGCAAGAGGAGAAAGAUCAACAGAGCACUGAAGUACAGCAAACGGUUCAACCAGUGGAAGAUGGACUGGUUGAGGAGCAGGCCCCCAGCGAGGUGAAGCCAGAGGCUACUGAGGCAGUAAUUCAGGAAGGAGCUGAUACUUUAGAGCAUACAGUUAGCCCCUCAGAAAGCCAAAAUGCGGAUCAACAAGUGACAACAGAAAAAGCAUCCACUGAAGAUGGCUACGUUCCAACAAUUUCUCCUGUUGGAAUUUCAGAAACCAAAGAAGACCACACAUAUACUCCAACUUCAAGUGCUGAAGAAGCUACAACUGUAGUGGUAGAACAUUCAUCUGGUUCCAGUGAUGCAAUACCUUCCCCAGGUUCUUCAUCAACUGCUCCUGAUGCUGUAGGACCACAACAACCAAUAGCAGCUGUCACUGAACACACUGACAGUUCUCCAGGUCUUUCCCCAUCAGUCAUUGAUGAACAUCAUGUAGAACACUUCACUAUUUCAACUGACCAUAUCACACAACCACCAGCUGUUACAGCUUCUGUCGAAGGAAGUGCACAUGAAGAUCAGUCAUCUCAAACUUCUGUUUCAAGUACUGACCAGGUAUCUAUUUCUAGCCCACAUACGGAAGCAGCUGAUGCAGAAAGUGUUACCAGUGGGCAAGUUCCUUCUGAAAGUAUCCCUGAUGCAGAACUUCCAUCUGUUGAAACAGUAACAGAUAAACAGCAAACUGUUUCAAUAAUACAUAGUGAUGUUCCUUCUGUAGCACCACCUGAAUCUGAUAGUCAGUCAAAGGACCCAACAACAGCAUCUUCUGAACAAAUGAAACCAGAAGAAUUUCUUAACACUGAAAAACCUGAUGUAUCUAGCAGUAGUCAAGAAAGUUAUGAAACAGAAACAGUGACUGCUUCAUCAUCAAAUGAUGAUGAACACCAAGGUACAACUUCUGUGAUACAUCAUUUACCAUCUGAGAAACCUUCUGAUCACCAACAACAGGCAGAACAUCAGACUGAUUUUCCAGCAAUAACUGGCUUUGAGGAAACAGUUUUUCCUCAACAGGCAGGAGAAGUAGACUCAGAGGAAGGAUCUGGACAUGAAGAACCUAUUCACCCUGUAGUUACUGAAGCAGCUGAGUUAGAGCAACAGUCAUCUUCUCACCCUGAAACUAUGGAAGAACACCAACAGACCGUGUCACAAGGAUCUUUGCUGUCUGAAGAAGAAACAACUGUACAGAGUGAAUCUGAAACCCAGCAAUCUCCUGUAUUUACUGAGCAUGUACCUCCAGUGCAGCCUGUUGGAGAAGAACAAGGAGGAAUAGAAGCAUCUUCCAUUCACCCUGAGACCAGCAAGCCAGACUCUGUUCAUCAACAUUUGCCUGAACAAGACACAAUUCUCACAGGAACAUCUGGUGAUGUGCACACCACUUCUCCUCUAGAAAGUGAUUCUCAGCAGUCUUCUGUUCCAGAGAACCAACUAUUUGAUAGUGAUUUGCCAACAACUCAAAAAAAUGAGCAAUCCUCACCAUCUGUGGAGGUAGUUACUGAACAUUUACCACAGCAGCCUGUCAUACUGGAAGGAGAAGCUGAAUCAAAUGAGCAGUCUGUGACUCUACCUACCAGUGACAAAGAGGAUAGUACUGUUAUACAGGAAUCUCUCUUCACAGAACAGGAAAAGCAGACUGAAAAACACCCUGAAGAAAUGCAGACAGUUUCCCCAAUUGAUGAUAUUGCUCAACAAGAAUUGGUUUCUCAGCAGCCUGUACAGCAGCCAUCUGACACAGAAGAAACAGCAGAACAGCAGACACAUGCCCCCGUAGCUGCUUCACAGCAGCCUGAUACAAUAAUGCAGGAGGAGGUUGAUGAUAUUGCUCAACAAGAAUUGGUUUCUCAGCAGCCUGUACAGAAGCCAUCUGACACAGAAGAAACAGCAGAACAGCAGACACUUGCACCCGUAGCUGCUUCACAGCAGCCUGAUACAGUAAUGCAGGAGGAGGUUGAUGAUAUUGCUCAACAAGAAUUGGUUUCUCAGCAGCCUGUACAGCAGCCAUCUGACACAGAAGAAACAGCAGAACAGCAGACACUUGCACCCGUAGCUGCUUCACAGCAGCCUGAUACAGUAAUGCAGGAGGAGGUUGAUGAUAUUGAUCAACAAGAAUUGGUUUCUCAGCAGCCUGUACAGCAGCCAUCUGACACAGAAGAAACAGCAGAACAGCAGACACUUGCACCUGUAGCUGCUUCACAGCAGCCUGAUACAGUAAUGCAGGAGGAGGUUGAUGAUAUUGCUCAACAAGAAUUGGUUUCUCAGCAGCCUGUACAGCAGCCGUCUGACACAGAAGAAACAGCAGAACAGCAGACACUUGCACCCGUAGCUGCUUCACAGCAGCCUGAUACAGUAAUGCAGGAGGAGGUUGAUGAUAUUGCUCAACAAGAAUUGGUUUCUCAGCAGCCUGUACAGCAGCCAUCUGACACAGAAGAAACAGCAGAACAGCAGACACUUGCACCCGUAGCUGCUUCACAGCAGCCUGAUACAGUAAUGCCGGAGGAGGUUGAUGAUAUUGAUCAACAAGAAUUGGUUUCUCAGCAGCCUGUACAGCAGCCAUCUGACACAGAAGAAAUAGCAGAACAGCAGACAUUUGCACCCAUAGCUGCUUCACAGCAGCCUGAUACAGUAAUGCAGGAGGAGGUUACAGACAGGAUUCCUGAUGACAAACAGCCAUUGUCCCCUACAGAAAGUGAUGCUCAGCAUGUUGUUGCUUCACAUCCUCAUGAAUCUGAUGAGGGAUCAGGGGCCAUGGAAACAGCAGAAAUUCAAACAUUGUCUCCUAUCACAGUGGAAGAAGCAUCAAGCACUGUUUCACAAGAAUCAGCAUUACCUGGAAGUGAAGCUGUUUCAGCUGCAGAAACAGGGCAAGAAGAAGGUUUGGCAUCAGAAGAAGAAAAGGAAUCUGUUGCUACUCAGCAACCAAUACAGGCAGUAUCCCAACAAGAAUCUGUGUCUGAUGAUAAGACACCUGACAGCAUUACUGAAAAUUAUGUGGAACAACAGACUUCAUUAACAGGGGAUGUCAGUUCUCAGCAUGACAUUAUUUCUCAGGAGCCUGUAGUUGACGAACAACAUGAACAAACAACAUUUGCAGCUGAUAGUCAUUCAGAACACACACCUGCUCCCUUACAGCCUGUUACAGGUGACAAAACUCCUGACAUUCUUGAGCAUGAGACUACUACAUCUUUAGCUUCUGAUACACAAACAACAGUUGUUUCUGUAGAGCCCAUAUCUUCUGAAGAAGAGGAACUAGAUAAGCUGCAGACUCUGCUCCCACCAGGAGAAGACAGUCAACAUGUUUCCAUACCACACCAGCAUGCACCAACUACAGAAGAAAUGAUUUUGCAGACAUCCUCACCAGUAUUUGAGGACAAAGAGAGUUCUGCAAGCGUAGUCACUGUUAGUGAUGAUGACAAGACACCUGGAUUUACUGAGGAAACUAGUAAACAGACAGUAGCACCACUAGAUCAUGAUGUGCAACACUCUAUGGUCCCUCAAGAGGGUGCACCUGUCACAGAACCUGCAGAACAACAGACUAGAUUUACUGCACAGGAUGAGAUGGUGCACAUUGAGAACACACAAAAGCCGUCACUGGAUGGUCAGCAGGUCACUGAGGUUUCAGGACUGUCAGACGUAGUAACUAAUUUACCUGUAGACGCAGAAACUGAGCAAUUCUUGAUAGGUGAGGAGGGAAUAGAAAAAGUAACAGAAGCUGUGGAUGUCCAGACUACUUCACCUACUGAUUCAGAAAACAAACAAACUGAUGUUCCAUCACAGCCUGUUACUAUUGAGCAAGUGGCAAAUGCAGUAAGUAGUUCAGAUGAGGAACACAGCAUCCCCUCUGUUAUACCUGAUAUUGAACCAACUCACAUAUCUCACCCUGAAAGCCAAGUUGGGCAUGAAACAAUUGUCACAGAUGUAUUGGAUGAACAAAGUACAGCAAGCCCUGAGCAACCUGAAAUAUCUGAAACACCCACAGUACCAGUUGCAGGUACGGCUGAUGAAAUACAAGUAACUAACAUCCCUGAAGAACAUGUAUCACAUGCUGCUGAAGCAAAUGUUGAUGAUGCAGGAGAAAUAAAUGUAGACAUGCAAACUACAACUUCUCUUGUAUCACAGUCUCCUGUAGAGACUGUUUCAACAGUACAAGAAUUAGGAGAACUCCACCCCUCAACACCAGAGGAAACAGAAGUCCAGCAGGUCACUACAGCUCAAAUACCAGAAACCUCUAGUGAGAAACCUGCUGAACUAGAAGAACCAGAAAUACAACAUAGUUCUGUGUCAUCUGAGACUGGAAUUCAGGAAGCAAGUACAUUUGGUGAACAGGAAGCAUCAGUCAUUGAAGACACAGGAUCACAAAACACCAUUUCUCCUAUUGAGUCAGGGGCACACACAGUAAACGUUGAUCAGCCAGUCUCUGCACCUGAUGUAGAACAAGAGCCGGCAUCUCCUUCAGAGCCUGAAAUUCAGCAAGCAGCAAACACUGAACAGUCAGUACUGGCAGAAGGUGAUAGUUCCUCUGUGGCAGAAACAAGUGUAGAAACUGCCACUUCAGCAGUUCAGCAGCCUACUCCCUCUAAGGAAGAACAGCAUUCUUCGGCAGAAUCAUUGGAACAAACUGCUAGGCCCACAGAGGGUCAUGUCCAGGAGGCCACUGCUACAGAAAGCAUUUCAGAACAGCUAGCUACAUCUGACAAGGACACAUCCAUUAGUUUCAGCAAACCUGCUGACCAAGAAUCUGUGCCUGAAAGUACAGUCACAUCAGAUGAGCCUCAUUUAAUUGAGACUGUUGUAUCAACAAGUAUUCCGGAAGGCUUGGAGUCUCAAUCAAGCAGUUCCAAGGCUCCAGAUGUGGAUCAUGGUGUGCACAAUACAACUAGUGAUUUCGCACAAUCUAGUGGUGUGCAGGAAAGUGGCACUGUAACACUGGCAAUCAUACACCCUUCCCAGGCUCCUAUAGAAUCAGCAGAUCAUCAUAUAGAAAUUUCUGAACAGUCUUCCCAAGGUACAGUUACAGAGGCAACAACAGUUCAGCACGAACAUACAACUUCAGCUCCUGUUAAGCCACCUGUCCAUGAAGAGGAAGAGGAACAAGUAGCCAAUAAUGUCCAUCCUGUGGAAGUUACAGAAGGAAAUCAGAUUCUUCCUGCCUCUUCUGAACAUCCACUGCACACUACAGCACAGCCUGCACCAACUUCUUUGGAUCAUUCUGAUACUAGCCAGGCAUCAGCUUCACCAUUUCAUCCAGAUCAGAGGCCUGCUCAUUCUUCAACAUCACAUCCUGCUUACGAACAUUUCCCAGAAGAUCAUACUUUGGCAAUUGGUGAAGGAAUCGAACACAUAACGGAAGCAACGAAACGACCAUCACAUCAUUUUACUACUAGACCACCAUUAACUACAGGAUCACACCAUCAUCCAAGUCAACACCCUGAAGAUCAAUAUGAGCAGUUUCCAUUUGGAGAAGGACAGUACCCAACAGGAGGUGAUACAGAUUAUGAUGAUGAAGAACAAGCUGCCUUUGGUCCAGGAACCUGUCGCUAUGGGGGAAAGGUCUACGUAUCAGCUCAACAAAUACCUCGUGAUGACCCUUGUGAUUUCUGUUUCUGCUUCCGAAGUGAUAUCAUAUGUCUUCAACAGAGCUGCCCUCCUCCUAUCCCAGGUUGUCACGAAGAGCCAAUCCAAGGCUUUUGUUGUCCACGAUAUGAGUGCCCUGUCUCUAUGGCAACUGUUCUGAAUGUAUCAACAACUACCACCACCACUACUACCACAUUGCCACCACAUUUCCUAGCGCACCACUACAAGGGUGCAGCCCACAGGACUGGGUGUCAAGUUCAGGGAAGUGCAUAUCGUGUUGGAGAAGUGGUGCACUCUGCCUCGGGUCCCUGUUUGGAGUGCAGGUGUGGUGGAGAUGGCCAAAUGAAGUGUGACCCUAAGGAAUGCAGUCCAGAACCAAUGUUACGAAAAAUGAUCAUGGCAGCAGCAUCCAGAAGAAGGUGAAGAAGAGUACAGAAACUCUCACAGAUGUGCUCAAUUGAAGAGGCUUCCUUUGGUGAUAAUGGAAGCAAAGUUAAUAUUUGUGCAUUGACUGUGUUGUGACAAGAAAACUAUUGUGGACAGUGAAUCUUGUGGCAACACAUGCAUAUAUUGUUUUAAAAUUCAAGAAUGUUGUUGUUUAAAAGAGAUUAAAUUGGGUGCCAAAACUAGUAGGACAAGCUAGAAGAGGAUCUGAGAAGACUGUGCCUUUCCUCUUUACCUCUGCCCUACGCAGCCCUCAGUCUUCUGAGUUGCACAGUUUUUAGUGCAAAUUUAAGACAGUUGUUGCUGUGUAAAAACUGGUAACACUCAUGAAAUGUUUUCUUUUUAUGAGUGAUAUGCUAUUGAGGAUAAUCAAAGCAAAGAUUGUCCUCACACACUGAUACAGGUAGACUGAUCUUCCUUUUUAUGAACAUUUUACAUCUACAUAUUUUGUGUCUUUUUGAGUCUUUACACAAAAUCUUUUGCUACACACAUUGUACCAACCAAAUAUUAUUCAAGGAAAAACUUUAUACACAAGUUGAAGGGUUGGAGGAGAAAAUUCAGAGACGUGGCACUUCCUGUUUUUUAAUAUUUGGUGUUCAUUAUAGCCACUUAUUCUGAAGAUAUUUAACAAAAUCUCCAUGAUUUAUACUAUUUAAAUAUUUUUUUACUAUUUAUCUCAGUGUAAGCAUAGGUAUAACAAACAGACACUUCCAUUUUCUCGCUUUUUGUUUAUUCUAUCUUGAAUAAGUGAGCUUUUGGAACACAUGUCCAGGUAGUUUGACUGGUAGAAAUUUGCAGGUGAUGUGCCCUUUACUUCAAAUUUUUUACUACUUGAACUAUGACUGUUAAAUUUCUGCCUCUUGAACAUCUGGACAAAAAGCUGUAUAUUUAUGUCAUUGGUCAUAUAGAUACAGUGUUAGUAUUUUUAGUAUUUAUAUAUUAUAUAUAAAAAUGUAAUUACGUGAGCUUUCCAUGGAUGUGUUUUCUAAAAACACUCCACAUUCUCAGUGACAAAAUUUAACUAAAAUUUUCUACUUCAUUGAACUGAAACUUUUAUGUUCUUCAUGUUACAAAUGUGCACAAUGAGAUUCUGAGUCAUUUUUAUGAAUAAAAUUUUGUGAUUUGUA